AUGGGUAUAUGUUAAUCUACUCAUAUUUAAUACCUGGAAGAUUUAAAGAUUAGACAUGCACCUAUACUCUAUGUUAAGAAAUCUCCAGUGUUGGGAAUGCAUAAAAUAUAUCUCGAGAAUCUUCCAACAUUAGAUGAGUUUAGUCAUGAAGAUGAUUAGAUUAGAAGAGCCUAAUUUAGUUAUAACGAUGACAUAAUUUAUAAUGGACAGUGGAAUGGAAAUAAAAGAAAUGGUUUGGGCGUAUUAGUAUGGAAAGAUGGAACUUAUUAUGAAGGCAGCUGGAAGGCUGAUGAAAUAGAUGGAAAUGGAAAGUUUGUGAGUAAUAAUCUGGUGAUAGAAGGGUAAUGGAAGAACAAUUAGUUGAAUGGUUAUGGUAUUUAUAAGGUGGAUGAUCUCUAUAAGUAUGAGGGUUAUUGGUGUGAUGAUCAGAAAAUUGGUAUUGGGAAGGAGUAUUAUGAUGAUGAAAGUCAAUAUAUUGGGAAUUUCGACUAAAACGUAAAAUCGGGUAUUGGAAUCUAUAUUUGGAAUGAUGGGAGCAAGUACGAAGGAAUGUUCAAAUAGGACUGUUUGAAUGGAAUGGGAGAAUUGAGAUGGGAAAAUGGAAGUUGGUAUAAAGGGGAAUUUGUGAAUAAUUAUUUUCAUGGGCAAGGGUGUUUUCAAUGGAGUGAUGGCAGAAGAUACGAAGGCAAUUAUGUUUACGACUACAAAAAUGGAUAUGGCAAAUAUUUUUGGGAGAAUAAUCAAAAAUAUGAAGGCUAUUGGAAGAAUGAUAAGUGGAAUGGUCAUGGAACACUAACAAAAUCAAAUUGUAUAAUAGAGGGAGAAUGGAUUGAAGGUAAAUUGUAAAAGGUUAAAUGA